GCAAUAUUUGAUAAUAGAAUUAUAGAAUUUACUCUACUACAACUAAACACAACUUUCUUCAAUUACUCCGCAUUUGCAGUCCUUUUUCCCAAAAUUUUCAGUUUAUGUAAUUCGGGUUCAAUUUCAGCUGCUUCCGCGUGUCUCCCCUCCUAUCAAGAUUCAACAUCACUCCUAUCUUGGCUCUCUCUCUCUCUCUCAAGGUGGAAAAAGAAAGCACUGUUGAAUUCCAGUCAGAUAGUGAGAUGGCCGAGUCCGACGCUUCUAAUGGAUCAUGUGUUGCCGACGGGGCGGCGGCUAUCGGCGGCGGAGAACGCUCCAAUUCCAACGUCCCCAAGCGGAGACCUCGUGCGGAAGAGAUCACUCUUUUCCUUGUUCUGAAUCGUAUCGCGUCGGCGGUUUUCUUCCCGGAUCCGGAUUCGCCCGGCCCGCUCCUGCACCGCCUCAAGGCCUCUCUCUCCCAAAACAUCCCGUUGCUUCCAGAAGCUUCUCGAAACACUGCUCGCAGCGUUUACGCCUGGACUCGCCAGGGCAGUCCAUUUCGUGCCCUUCUCGUCGCCUCUGUUGGGACUAUUACGCUUCUUGCCCUGACAGGAUUGCUUAUAUUUAUGUUUAUCUUUGUCCUGACAACCAUCAAUGCCAUUCUUCUCUCUCUGCUCAUGUCUUUAGCCGUCGCAGGGGGGUUCUUGGCGAUUUUCUUUGCCUGUUUAACAGGCAUUUAUGUUGGGGCUUUGUCAAUAGCUGUCUUUGCCAUUUCAACUACAACGGUUUUGACAAUAGUUGCUUCCUUGAUAGCUACAGGUUGGAUAGGAUUCUUCUAUGCCGUGUGGCUGGCAUUGAUGAAGAGCGCCUCUCUUGCAAAACAGACGUUGGACAUGACAGGAUCUGCCCUCAAAGCUUAUUCUUCUCCUCGACGUGCAGGCUUCAUAGAUGAAUCAAAUAAACAAUUCUAGAACAAGGCGAAUCAUGGUAACUUUAAAUAUGGAGCAGGAGCACUCUCCUAAAGCUGCCUAUAAUAAGACUCUUAGUUUAUGCUCAGUGUCCAACAAUAAUAAAGAAAUGUAAAGCUAAUAUUUGAGCCUUGAGAAAUUGUGUAGAUUUGGUGAGAAUAUUGGGCUGGUCUAUGAUGUGUAUCCUAGUUAGUAAAAUACGGCAAAGGUAUAAUAUGGUAAUGUGUACGUACGUGUAUAAUACGUUAGAUAUUUAUAAAAUACGGCUAUGUAUGUGUAUUAAACGUUUCCGAAACCU